AUGUGGUGCGAGCCGACCAACGCGGGCAUCGUGACCGACGAGGCUAGCGGCGAGCGCCACAUUCCUGAGUCCAAGAGAGCCGAUGGUAGCACAAGGAAAGCCAUCAAGAUCCGCCCCGGUUACCGCCCUCCUGAGGAUGUCGAAGUUUACAAGAACCGUACCGCAGAGAACUUCCGCAACCGCGGCAAGGGUCCUGUCCCGGGUGCCGAGGGCCUAAAGGAUGACAAUUCGACACAGUCAUCCUCUGCUUCUGCGAAUAAAAACGCCAAGCGGCGCGAGGCACGCAAGAAGGCGAAGGCUGCUGAGGGUGGCGCUGGUGAGACAAACGGGGCGGCAGCUGCAGAAGCUACCGAGACGGAGGAAGCUACCAAGAAAGAAGAGGCUAAUCCCGAAGCUGAAAAGGAAAAGAGGGUGCGAAACCUGAAGAAGAAGCUCAGACAAGCCAAGGAGCUCAAGGAAAAGAAGGAGACGGGAGAGUCGUUGCUACCGGAGCAAAUCGCCAAGGUCAUCAAGAUCAAUGAACUGAUUCGGGAGCUGGACGCCCUGGGCUUCGACCCCGAUGGCGAGCCCAAGCCUGAGGCUGAGACUGUGGGAAUGGCUGGCUGA